AUGAGCCGUGAGUGUAACCUCAUUGUUGACCAUACCGAGAAGGGGAACGAGGCCACGGCGGUGGGAUCGACAACGGUGCACACGAUCCUCGGGCGCAUAAAGGCAUGCCAGAUGGCGGCGAGGGUGGAGGCGACGCUGUACCGGGAGAAGGAGCUGGGCAUCAUGAGGGAGAUCUCGGUGGUCAGAUCGGAGGUGCGGUUCAACGUCCGCACCAAGAACGAGAGGGACCUCAAGAAUUGCGCCGACCGUCGACGCGGCACCAUCGGCGAUACCUAUACCGCCGAACAGUUCCGCCAGAUCAUGAUGAAGGUGCUGCCGACAUGGGCGGCGGCGGCGUGGAACCCGCGGGCAACCACUCCGUCGCAGACGCUGUGGAGAUUCCUGCUCGUCAAGGUGCUCACGCUACUCUCCCACCACUCUCUCCUGCGCGGCGCCAGCAUCCGCGAGAUCACGCUCCCCGACGUCUUCUUGUACCAACUGGCGAGCACCUCGUCGGUGAACCCGGAUAGCCAGCCUGUCGUCAUGGUGAUCGCCGCGCGUAACUCUAAGACUUCCAAGGAUGCCCGUCUUCAGCAGAGCUACGCGGUGCGACACCUGGAAGCAGAGUUGUGCGCCGUCGACGAGACCGGCUUGUGGUUGCACUUCAUCCUCGACCAGAUCGGUCAGUUCUCCGGCGUCGACUUCCUUCCGCCGCUUGACACCACUGAACGCGAACGCUGGUACAAGAAGCAUCUCUUCUUCGCCAAAAUCGACAAGGAGCAAGACGAGCUCCCCGCCGCCAGCCACCAACGUUGGACUCGGCAGAUGUGGACGACCAACAAGGUGUUCUGCAAAAGGAACGUGCACGCCGCCCGCGCCGGAGGUGCGCAGGAGCUAGCCAUCGAUGGGACGCCGCGCGCCGAGAUCGCCGAGCUGGGACACUGGGCUCUCGACAAGAUGACGCGUGCGUACAUCACGUCCAUUCCCGUGGGGGUGGUGAUGCGGAAGGCCGGCUACUCGGGAUUCAAGCAAGACUACUUCUUGGGGCGCAGCAGGGUCCCGCCUUCCAAAAAACUCCAGGACAUCCUCGCCGAGCACAUCUUCCCCGGCGUGGAUGCUAUGCUGCGCGAUUAUCACAACAUGUCCCUCAAGGAGGCGCUGAAGAAGGAGAUAGAGCGCUCCGCGCUCGAGAAGCUCGACCUUCACGAGAAGAUCGAGAUGCAAAACGACACCAUCGCGUCGCUCACCGCCGAGCUUGCUCGACUCGCCGAGGCACUCCGUGUGUCAGACGCACGGAGAGUGCCGGAGUCUCCGCCGUCGGCGACCGAGCAAGCUCCGAGCGAGGGUGGCUCCGCGGACUCGGCCAACACGGGAGCCGGAGCCAAGGGAGGGGAUGCGAAACCCCCGCCACCCCCUCAGACGGGAGAGGAGGCUAGUUACGAGCUCAACGUGGUGCAACCUUGGCGGGAGGCAAAGACCGUGCGGGACGCUUGGCGCCUCUGGAACUCCGCCACCGCCAAUGACACCCGUCGUCUUUGCGACAGGGUCGCCGAGCCGGGGUUCAUCGACCGCCACACCCUCCUCAGAGGCGCGACGCAGGGUGCACUCAACAUGAGGGUGCGCCGCAUGCUGAAGGCCAUGGAUGCGGUGCGCCAGCUACGCUCGAGCGACGGCGAUGCCGACACAGAAGCUGUGGUCGAUGCACUGAACAAGAUCGCGGCACCAGGCAUUGGGACCUUCUGCGAUGCCCUCACGGUGCUCAACCCGGGAGCGGCACCGACGAUGUCCAAAGCGGCUGGCAUGGGCGUCAAGGGGCUUGCCCCCAAGGUGGUCUCGAAGCUACGCCUUGCCUGUGCGCUGGUGGCGCUCGAGCUGAAGCCGAGGACUUGGGUCGCCCGCCUGUUUCCAGACACCUGGGAGGAGCAGAUGCCGAAGACCGAGGCCGACUUGGCCAAGCAGACCGCACCUGCGCAGCGUCCUCCGACGAAGCGCAAGAAAUCGGCAUAA